AUGCCGCAAGUCCGCUUCGUCCCGACAACCACCAACACCCGGCAACCUCCAAGAACCGGCAACCACCAAGACCCGGCAACCAACAAGUCCCGGCAGCCAACAAGACCCGGCAACCACCAACACCCGGCAACCACCAAGACCCGGCAACCACCAACACCCGGCAACCACCAAGACCCGGCAACCACCAAGACCCGGCAACCACCAAGAACCGGCAACCACCAAGUCCCGGCAGCCACCAACACCCGGCAACCUCCAAGAACCGGCAACCACCAACACCCGGCAACCACCAACACCCGCCAACCACCAACACCCGGCAACCACCAAGACCCGGCAACCACCAAGAACCGGCACCCACCAGCACCCGGCAACCACCAAGAACCGGCAACCACCAAGACCCGGCAACCACCAAGAACCGGCAACCACCAAGAACCGGCAACCACCAACACCCGGCAAUCACCAACACCCGGCAACCACCAAGAACCGGCAACCACCAACACCCGGCAACCACCCAAAACCGGCAACCACCAACACCCGGCAACCACCAAGACCCGGCAACCACCAACACCCGGCAACCACCGGCAACCACCAACACCCGGCAACCACCAACACCCGGCAACCACCGGCAACCACCAAGACCCGGCAACCACCAAGAACCGGCAACCACCAAGAACCGGCAACCACCGGCAACCACCAACACCCGGCAACCACCAACACCCGGCUCUAUAG